CCUACUUCACGAGUCACGGGAGGCGAGGACCAACAUUCGCAGGCUAAAAAUACAUUAUUACUGCGACAGCGUCCGAUUUUCACGGACAUCGACAAGCAAUCAUUUUGAGGCCAAUCGUCUACCAAAGUUGCACAGCGGAAACAUGGUCGCUGCAGGGCGUUGGUGUCUUCUGUUGGUGGUUGUCAUGCUUCAUUCGUCGCCAAGCAACGGUUGGCUCAGCAACUUCGGAUUUAAUUUCAAAAAAUUGAUUGAUUUGAACAUAGGUAAACUGUUAAAUCAGUGUAAGAAUAAGCAGGCCACUGGCCUCAAUGGAAGGAGUCACGCUGAUAUCGUCGCCGCCGCGAAACUGUGGGCGCCGGUGGUCCGGUUGGCCGUGGGAGAGGAAUGGAAACCAUCCAGCGUCGAUUAUUUCCUCCAACACGUAAACUUACGCGGCGGCAGUCCGACUUCCGUCACUCCGAGCACACUGCCCACCUGUAACAGCAACUGUUACCUAGAAACUAAGACGCAUUUAUCUUGUCCCUCGUGCAGAGAACCUGUCGUCUUUAAGGGACAGGAUCCUGCAAGUGCCCCAGCAUACGCUAUAUACGAGGACAAGGGUAACGUUGUUGAAAUCACCUAUUGGUUCUUCUUCCCAUACAACAGAGGAAAACGGGCGUGUGUAGGGUUAUAUUUUGAUAACGUAUGCCCGUGCGUCAAGGCGUGGGGCCAUUGCCUAUGUCCUCGACUUAACGGAUGCGCAGGGGGGUACUCGACCUUUGGUAAUCACGUUGGAGACUGGGAACACGUGAAGAUCAAGUUCAAUAAUAACAAAAUCUACUCCAUAUAUUUGUCAAUCCACGAUUCUGAGAUCACUAACCAAUAUGGCGGAGAGUUUCUGUGGAAUGGUAAUGAAUUCAGAAGAGGGAAUCGGGCCGUUUAUACGACUGACUGCACACACGCCCAAGUCUACGCAGCCAAGGGAUCCCAUGGUAUCUGGCCAAAUACAGGGGAACACGUGUACAAGAAACUCUUUAACGGAGACAAGUUGAAAGAUCACUGUAGUGCAGGAACAGCAUGGCACAUUGCAAAUAAUCUUAAAAUUGUCAAGAUGGCCGCCAAAGGACAGUUUACUGGGGAAUUCAACUUUCUUAACUUCAAGGGCCGUUGGGGAAAUCGGGAACGUAACUGCCCAAAAAUCAUUGGUCAGUGUGUACUUGAAAAUGGACCAGGUGGACCACCCAAGUGAGAACUCCCCAAAUGACUCUCGAAAUCUGUUUCUUUAUUUUGGUUCAAAAUUAUAGACAGCCAAAUUGUGAUGGAAACCAAUUGAAGUGUUCCACACCUUUCAAUAUGCCAUUAACCCUAUAUACUGCAUUAUAU